GACGACGGACAAAAGCGGUUGUCAGCAAUAUAUAAAACGCCAAUCAGCACACCUAACGACACCAGCAUAUACAAUUCAAUGAGCGCAUGCAAACACGCGCAAUGGACAAAGCUGCGGCAGGAAAGUGGGCGGGUAAUGCUGGCUGUCUCAGACAGGCCUCAGCGACUGCUCGAACAAGUUCGCGAUCCAGAGGAACCACAUGGCAUCGCGGUGCUGAUCGGAAACUACACAAAGUCCCUCUUUCUCAACAACAUGUGUCCAGGGAGCAGGCACCCCAGUAAUGCGAGACACCACGGUGAGAUCCAUCUACAUAUCUCGCAUGCCCGUGCCACUCAGCCAGUCCUCGUCGCCGAUGGGGACCUGCCCGUCCACAAUCGGCUGCCCUCGGCACCAAAAUCAUAUCGGUGCCACGAAACCGACGAAGACUACUUGCCUGCAGAUGUGCACCACGCAGUCCCGGCAGCCGACGAAGUCUACCAGAGAUUCGUCUUUCCCUUUGUCGAUGUGGCAUGUCUAUUCGUUGCUGACAUUGGCGGGCCUGACCGCGCCAUAGAGUGCCUGGCCUCUUGGACUGCGAGGGAGCGGUCAUCAACCUCGCCCAUCCGUCCGGUGUUGAUUGUCGUGGUGCCGAGGGAGCACGGCCAACGGAUGCGUGUUGAAGUAGCUCGCAUGGGCCAGCCGGCUGGCCCUGCAUCGCUGACUCGUCAUUUUCAGUCCAUCACCAUCGUAACAUUCUCACCAACCCAACGCGGGAUGUGGCAGAGAAAGCAAUUAGGAACUCUUCGUCAGAAACUCUACCAGGCCAUCCGAGUAGUCCAUCGCGAGCGACGCGACAGAAGCUUUCUCUUCUCCGCUCGCCAUACCGUCGCAUUCCUCCAAGCGGCGUCACGGGACCUAGGUAGGUCGCCACGGUCGCCGGUAGACUUGAUCCAGAUGGCGCGAGCGGCCAAUCCCAUUGCUUCCGAUCUAGCAACCCACCUGGUAAACUUCUUCCGCGGACGCGAUGACGACACGCUGGAGUCCUGUGCCAUUCCCACAGCCGCCUCGAGCCUCCUGCUAGACCAGUACCCACCUGGGAUGCACCAUUUCCAUCCCCAGGACGUGUUUCGUUCCUUGUACCGUGAUGCCUGCGCCCAAGCCACCCUUGAGCUGGAAGAGAUCCGAGCAGCAGCGGAGAUGCCGCCGCUACCAUUCGACCUCAGUCGGUCGCUGGAGCGUAGCAUGACGGAACUAUUCCCCCAGCUCCAGCAGCUCGAUUCGGCAAGAGAUGCCCAUCGACAUCAGUUGACGAGUGUGCAACGGCACCAGCGGCUUCCGUCCUCGGAAAGCACCUGCUUUGUUUGUGUUCGACGUAGACCCCAAUAUUGCCUGCCCUGUCGGCACUGGGUAUGCCAGACAUGUGUCUGCACCUUUGCCCGCCUUGAUGCGGGUGAUCCGUAUCUAUUCCAUGCGGACGAGUGUCUGCUAUGCGGCGCAACGGCUGGUCCCUGCAUCCGCGUCCGACCAGCCACCGCCACCACACGCAUCCUAAGCAUUGAUGGGGGCGGCACAAGGGGUCGCGCUCCCCUCGAGUUCCUCAGCGUCCUGCAGGAAGCCAUCGGCCUGCCCUACCCCGUCCAACAGAACUUUGACGUCGUCUUCGGCACCAGCUCAGGGGCCCUCAUCGCAUGUGCGCUGUGCAUCAACGGCUGGCCCGUGGACCAGUGCAUUGAGUACUUUGAAACAUCGUCCAAGCUUGCGUUCGAGGAAUCUCGCUACUCCCGCAUCGUGCGGUCGCUCUUCCACGCCGCACCCUUUGUGGCGCCUGCUGUCGAGCUCGUCAAGUCCUUGCUUGUCGACUGCAAGUACGCCGCCGACCAGCUCGAAGCCAUUCAACAGGAGGCGUAUGGCGCGCGUCGAAGCAUUGUUGAUUCCGCUGAAGCGAGCCGCGCGGGGACCCUGGUGGGUGUGACACUGACGAGCGCACAGGACAGCAGCACUUUCAUCGUGACAAACUACAACGCAGAGAAUCAUGAGAAUCAGGAGAUCCUUGUUCACAUACUGAGUAUGGCCGUCAGUUACUUCACGGCCCACCACAUCCAAGGUGCCGGCACAUUCCAGGAUGGGGGCCUCGGGUACAAUAACCCAGCCCCCAUUGCCAUCAAAGAGGCGGCAAUUCUUUUCCCAGCGGCGCCUAAGCCAAGCACCGUCGUCUCGCUGGGGACGGGUUCCGCUGGCUCCAGUACCACGGCGAGCGCGGGGAUCGCUGCGAUGUGGGAGGAUUCGUUCCCUGCGCGACUAUAUCGGGCCUUUUGGAAGCAAGGAAACGCCGGCACGGCGUGGAAACACCUGGUGAGCCAAGAGGAGGAUAAAGGCCAUGGCGUCUAUUUUCGGUUCGACAUGGAGUACGACGGGAUACAGCCAGCGUUGGACGACGUGAGCAGCAUGCCGCACGUCGCGCAGAUGGCACGUGACAGCGUGCUUGGUUCGCCGCAGAUGGAGCGCCUGGCGCGACGCGUGCGUGCUGAGCUGUUCUACUUUGAGCUAGCCGCCACGCCGCGUCUCGUGAAGGGUGCAUACCACUGCACAGGGUAUAUCCUCUGCCGCCAUCGCGCAGGCACCGAGCAGUUUGACGUGUUCUUGCAGCAGCUGACAGGGCGCUCAGCCUUCCACUGCUUGGAAGGGACCACCCCGGAUACGUCUGUGUCCGCCGCCCACAGGGACGGCGGGGGCAAUUUUCGCCUAGCUGUCGAGCUACGCGUGUUGAAGCGGACAACACAAUGUCGCAUCACGCUCCAAGAGGAGGAGCCAUCGUCCUUUCCUUGCGACAUCAGCGGCUCCCCAUUCACACUCGAUUGGCUCAUGGAGCAACAGAAGCUCGGUGUGAGUUUUGGUCGGGCUGACCAUCGGUAG